CUUUGGGCAGAGAUCGAUUCCAAGCUGCGUGGACAUCUUUGACAGCUACUCAUUUUAGGAAAGCAAAUAACCUGUACAGAAUAAAGAGCAACUAUGGGCAAUAAAAUUACAAAGGAUUUUCUAAGGAGAGAAUUUGAAGAGUUAAAGAAUGAUAUGAAUCAAGGCAAUAUCCCCAAAGUGGCAGCAGAAUACAAAGAACGUUUAAAUGAAAUGGAAAAGCUGCCCUUUAAUAUUGCAAUUACUGGACAGACAGGAUCUGGUAAAUCUUCCUUUGUCAAUGCCUUCCGGGGAAUAAAUGAUGAUGAUGAUGGGGCAGCUAAGGUUGGGCCAGUAGAAGAAACCAUGAAGCCAGAGGUAUAUCCCCACCCUUCUUUUCCCAAUAUUAAAUUAUGGGACCUUCCAGGAAUCGGAACACCUACAUUUCAGGCAACGGAAUAUCUCAAGAAAGUCCAGUUUGAAAGAUAUGAUGUUGUUAUUAUUGUUAUCUCUGAUCGUUUCACUGAAAACGAUGCUUUGCUGGCAAAGGAAAUUGAAAGGAGGAGAAAGAAAUUUUACUAUGUGCGUACCAAAAUAGAUGCCUGUAUUGAAGCUGAAAGGAGGAAAAGGACUUUCAACUUGGAGCAAACAUUGGAGAACAGCAGGAAUUAUUGUGAAGAUAGUUUGAAAAAGGCAACUAAGCUGUCUGCAAGAGUAUUUCUGGUAUCCAACCUGCAUGCACACAUGUAUCAUUUCCCUCUCCUGCAAGAGAAAAUAGCCACUGAACUUCCUGAUUACAAGAAACAUGUUUUAAGACUGGCUGUGCAUGUUUUCUCAGAAAAUGAAUUGAUGAAGAAAAAAGAGCUAAUGAAAGCCUAUAUAAAGAAGAUAGCAUGGGUAUCUUGUGCUUGUGGAGCGGUACCUCUCCCGGGUCUCUCUAUAGCUUGUGAUGUUGGAAUUUUGAUAGAUGCCCUGAGACGUUUCUGUCAUGUGUUUGGCUUAGACGAUCGGUCCCUCCAUUUUCUGGCACUUCAGACGGGAAAAGAAUUUGAAGAGUUGAGGUCGGCUAUCAAGAAAACCCCGUUAGCCAAUACAAUAAACACAGAGCUGGUAUUUUCUCUCUUGAUGAAGUCAUCUCUUUGGGUAACUGUGUCAGUGGUGGAACUGGCUCUUGAUGUUAUACCUGUUAUUGGUUCUCUGUUUGGUGGAGCGAGUUCAUACCUUGUCACCUGUCAUUUUCUGAACAGCUUUCUUGAUGAUGCUGUGGAAGACGCCCAAAAUGUUCUGGCAAAACUUCUUGAGUGAUCAGAGUCCCAGAGAAAGUCCCAAGACAACCCCAAAACCCAUUUGAAGGGAACCGUCAAGCAAUUCAUCAAAAUGAAAGCAGGGAGAAGAAAAUAAUAAUACGCUUCAAAGCCUUAUUGGAAGUAUCUAUCUGCUUGCUCCUUUUAGUAAUUCUCUGAUUGAAGUAUGUGCUUGAUCACCCUAGGAGGAAGUGAGUAAGUCUGUCUGCAGAUAUUUCCAUGGGAAGUUAGAAAUUAAAUAAUUAUCCAUAUUGUUUUUUGAGGAAUGCUUUUCUUUUCUUCUUUUCUCUCUUUGGCUUUUUUCUGUUAUAUUUUAGCAAAGUGGAGAUUAUUGUAUGAAAUUACAAAAUUCAUGAUCCUUUAUUUUUAAAUAUGAGGAAAACAACUCAACGGAGACUGUGUGGAUAUGUCAUUAAUGUUAUACUUACCAUUAAUAGCAUAAGUACAAUAAUUGUUUUUGGAAAUAUA